GGGGGGGGGGGGGGGUGGGGGGGGGGGGGGGUGGGGGGGGGGGGGGGUGGGGGGGGGGGGGGGUGGGGGGGGGGGGGGGUGGGGGGGGGGGGGGGUGGGGGGGGGGGGGGGUGGGGGGGGGGGGGGGUGGGGGGGGGGGGGGGUGGGGGGGGGGGGGGGUGGGGGGGGGGGGGGGUGGGGGGGGGGGGGGGUGGGGGGGGGGGGGGGUGGGGGGGGGGGGGGGUGGGGGGGGGGGGGGGUGGGGGGGGGGGGGGGUGGGGGGGGGGGGGGGUGGGGGGGGGGGGGGGUGGGGGGGGGGGGGGGUGGGGGGGGGGGGGGGUGGGGGGGGGGGGGGGUGGGGGGGGGGGGGGGUGGGGGGGGGGGGGGGUGGGGGGGGGGGGGGGUGGGGGGGGGGGGGGGUGGGGGGGGGGGGGGGUGGGGGGGGGGGGGGGUGGGGGGGGGGGGGGGUGGGGGGGGGGGGGGGUGGGGGGGGGGGGGGGUGGGGGGGGGGGGGGGUGGGGGGGGGGGGGGGUGGGGGGGGGGGGGGGUGGGGGGGGGGGGGGGUGGGGGGGGGGGGGGGUGGGGGGGGGGGGGGGUGGGGGGGGGGGGGGGUGGGGGGGGGGGGGGGUGGGGGGGGGGGGGGGUGGGGGGGGGGGGGGGUGGGGGGGGGGGGGGGUGGGGGGGGGGGGGGGUGGGGGGGGGGGGGGGUGGGGGGGGGGGGGGGUGGGGGGGGGGGGGGGUGGGGGGGGGGGGGGGGGGGGGGGGGGGGGGGGGGGGGGGGGGGGGGGAGGGGGGGGGGGGGGGUGGGGGGGGGGGGGGGGGGGGGGGGGUGGGGGGAGUGGCGGGGGAGGGGGGGUGGGGGGGUGGGGGGGUGGGGGGGGGGGGGGGUGGGGGGGG